AUGGAUCAGCAACCUGCAGCAGCAGCAGCAGCGGCUGCUGCUGCUGCUGCCGCCGCUGCAGCAGCAACUGCAGCUAAAGAACGUGCUGUAGCAGCAAAAGAAAGGGCCCAACAGCUCAAAGCUGCAGCAGCAGCAGCUGCUGCUGCUGCUGAAGAACUUAGGAGCAGCAGCAAAACAGCAGCAGCUGCUGCUGCUGCAGCACGGACUGUAGCAGAGGAAAGGCAGCAGCAGCUGCAGCAGGCAAAGGAAGCAGCAGCAGUAGCUGCUGCUGCAGCAGCAGAUGCAGAAGAAAAAAGAGCAGCAGCAGCUGAAACAGCGAAGCAGAAGAGAGCAGCAGCAGCAGCAGCAGCACAACGAGCCAAAGAAGCUGAGGCAGCAAAGGCUGCUGCAGCAGAGGCAGCAGCAACAGCAGCAGCAGCAGAAGCAGCAGCAAAGAAGGACGCAAGCGAAAGAAGAACAGAAGCAGCAGCAGCAGCUGCUGCUGCUAGUGAGGCUCAUAAGGACCUGCAGCAACUGCAGCAACGCCGCGAUGAGGCAGCAGCAACAGCAGCAGCAACUGCUGCUGCUGCUACAAAGAGGAGGGAAGAAGCAGCAGCAGCAGCAGAAGCAGCAGAAGCAGCAAGAAAGGAAGCAAUCAGCAAAAGGACACAAGCAAUAGCAGCACUAGAGGCAGCAGCAGCAAAACGUUCGCAUGCAGCAGAUCUACAAGGUGCAGCAGCAGCUGCUGCAGCAGCUGCAGCAGCAGCAACAGCAGCAGCUGAUACCUCUGUGAGUGUCACCUAA